AUGGCCUCCCAGUUAGGGCCACCGUCGUCGUCGCUGGCGCCGGCGAAGCAUGGUCCAGUGGCAACCGCCACCACCAUUACUUCUAUCGCCGACGACCUCCUCCGGGAGAUCUUCCUCCGCCUCCCCUCCCUCCCGAGCCUCGUCCGCGCCGCCCUCGCCUGCCGCACCUUCCUCCGCGCCGUCCGUUCGUCCCCCGCCUUCCGCAGCCGCUUCCGGGCGGUCCAUCCGCCCCAGCUCCUAGGCUUCUACAGCGCCCCCUGCGGCACCGCCAUCCCUGCCUUCAUCCCCUUCCGAAGCCGCUCCGACCCGGACCUCGCCGCCGCCCUCCGCAGCUCCGAUUUCCUCCUCACCCGCCUCCCGGAAGAAAGCGGUGAGCCCGGGUGGGAGAUGAAUUGCUGCCGCGGCGGCUACGUCGUCCUCCACAACCAGAGGACCAGACAGAUCGCCGCCUACAAUCCCGUCACACAGGCGCUGCACAUCAUCCCCCGCCCGCCCCAUGAGACCUGCCAUCUCAUCAAUCUCGAUGUCCACUUCAUCUUCUCCGAGGAGGACCAGAGGGCGUUCCGCGUGGUCUGUGACCGUCGCCGCAGGCGGCGGCGGAGGACGCUGGCUCGUUUCUCUGUCUUCUCAUCUGACAGCAGGGAGUGGCAGUGUUUCCCGUGGGUGGACACCUCGACACGGCGGCAGCCUGGGGAUGAUGGAGGCGACGAGUGCAUGCUCACAUUUUACACUGAUACGCCGCUGAAUGAACCUGAUAGAUUGGCCCACGAUAAACACAAAGAUCAGGCAUAUCUGGUCGUCCUCAACACUGCGACGCUGCAACUAUACCGGAUGGAUUUGCCGCCGCCCUUGAAAGACAUAGACCCUGUAGGAAUCAAACUUGGUCGGACCAGGGAUGGAAGGCUCUUUUUGGUUUGCAUAGAUGACUACGAUGCAAGCAAAGGAAGGCUUAAUGUUUGGUUAUGGAGAGCCGAUGGUGAUGGUGAUGGCGUUGAGAAAUGGAUGCCGCACAAGAUUCACCCACUCAAUAAAUUUGUUGAUUUCACUCUGUGUUCACAAGAGUGUCAUGUAAUGGCGUCGGUUGUGAGGGUCAUAGAUGGUUUUGUGUUCUUGUGUAUUGAGUAUGAGAGGGAUACAGGGUGUCUCCUAUCCUUCUGCCUGGAAACAGAGAAGGUAAACAAGCUUUUUGAUCAUAGAGUUGACUGUGCUGUCCAUCCCUACAUCAUGGAGUGGCCUCCUUCUUUGGUAGGCAACAAGGAAGAUUCAGAAACCAAAGUUACCGGAGACGAUGCGAGGGAUGAUGGUCCUGUGGGCACACAAGGAACUCCCUCUGUUCUUGCCACAUCGUUGCAAUCAUAUAAAGAAGCUUUAAUUAAUAAUGAUGUGGCAAAAGUCACAAAGAUAGAGAAAUUACUACUUUCGAUUGAGGAUGAGAACAAGUCUCUUGUGCGUAAAAUCACUACUCUAGAUGCAGAAUUAACUAUCGCGAGAGAUCAUGUCUUGAAGAUAAGUGCUGAAUUCGAGGGACAGAAACAGAGAGGUGAUGGCAAAUGUGGACGGGGAAAUGAGCCGAUUACCACUUCUUUGCCAGUUGAACUACCUCUUUAG